AUGCCGAUUUUUGAUGGGGACGAUGUCUAUGGUUGGAUCUACCAGGCUGAAAGAUAUUUUGAUAUCCAUGGGAUCGAAGAAAAGGAUCAAAUCAAAGCCAUCGCCAUCUACAUGGAAGGGAGGACAGUUUCAUGGUAUCACUGGAACGAAGAAAGAGCUCCAUGUCACUCUUGGGAAGGAUUCAAACGCAAGUUACUGGAUCGCUUUCAGGAGUCACAAAAAGGUGGCAUAUAUGAACAAUUUUUGAACAUUCAACAAAAGGGGACCAUAACGGAGUACAUAAGCAAGUUUGAAAGCCUAUACGACCAACUACUCGAUCAAUCGAAGAAGGUUCUUGAUGAUAACAUUGUCAUAUGA